AUGCGGAAACUGGAUGCGCUAUCGGGCAGCGAUCAAGACGAUCGGGAAAUGUAUAUCGAUCUGGACGACGCCUCCGUCGACUCGCUUACCGGGAAACGUGGUCGCCACCAUGUCGAGGUGGCCGAGGAGAGCGACAGCAGCGGAAGCGAGAGGAGCCCAAAGCAGGCGAAGAGACGAAAUCGCGGUGGCGCGCCACCGACCACGAGGAGACGGAAAAGCGGCAUUUCCGCGCGCGAGAGGAACCUGAGGAGGCUCGAGAGCAACGAGAGAGAGAGAAUGAGGAUGCAUUCUCUCAACGACGCCUUCGAGCAAUUGCGCGAGGUAAUACCACACGUAAAAAUGGAGAGGAAGCUCAGCAAAAUAGAAACGCUCACACUGGCGAAAAAUUAUAUAAUGGCGCUGACGAAUGUCAUAUGCGAGAUGCGCGGCGAGGAGCGGCCGUACACAUUCGUCGAUGGCGAGUGCGGCUCCAGCAGCGGUGACAGCACCGGUCAGUUAGAAUUGAGCGGUGGCGAGCAACCCGACGAGUCCUCGCCCGCAUCGAUCCACGAGACGAACAACAACAGUCUCCUCCACGAGGAUCUCGAGCGCAGAAUCUAAGGAAACUCCGAUCUAAACGACGAGAUACACGCGUUUAAAGACUCUGUGAUAGAAUACAUCAUAUUAGUGCCUUGCGUAAGGACUUUCACGAUGAUUCGCUCAUUACCGCCACGAAUCGUCAUGGAUCGUCCUCGAAAACGUCGCGCUGUAAUGAUCAAAACUGGUAUCGCGGGAGAGGGAGAAGAGGAAGAUUAUCGCGUUUUAGAUUAUACGAUAUUUUCGAGACCUACCGCGCAACAUCAAAUUUCACGAUAAGUUGGUAAACGACAUUCUCUCGUGUAAAAUGUUCGUCGAUAGGAAGCCAUUAUUUUCAUCAAAUUUUCGUUCGCUGUAAAAUAUUGUUCAAACUUUGACGAACGAAUGCGUCGUCAGAAAUGAUUAGAGCGAGCAAAUUUGAUUUGUUGGAAGUAAGGAUGAUCGGUGGAUGUCCAGCGUAGUUCGAUAAGAAGAACCACUCGAUCUUUAGUCGUCUGUGAUUCAGGAACGAUUAACACGUCGACAUUUCCUACAAUUGUACUCUGUUACCACGACUGAGAAUGUUUUCCUGUCGUUUGCGUGUAUAUACGGAUCGGAAAAAUCGAAGCACUCGAAUUUAGGGCUCUAAUUGGUCUCGACGCGCGCCAUACGUUUCCUGUAUCGUGGCAAUUUGUUAAUAUAUAAGUGCGCGUGUAAUGACCCGCAUGCACGUUGUUGUACAUAUAUGUGUAGAACGUAUCGGGAAUAUAUCCAGGAAAUAUUUAUAACCUGCCCGAAUAUCGAGCACACUCGAUAACAUUACGAUCGUGCAAAUUCAUCUCGCAAUUUUUUUUUUCUUGGAUCGAUCGUUCGACUCCCAUUAAUUUAUUUUCUUGUCAAUCGACCUGUUUGCAAGAUAUUACUAUGAUAAUUAUCAUUAUUACGAUAAUUAUUAGCAUAUUCUUAUGCUAUUUCUAUUUUCUACUCUACUAAUACUAUUUUUCUUCUAUUACCGCUGCUGCGAUUACUACUAUUUCUGCCGCUACUACAACUAUUGCAACUGUCAUUCCUACUAUUACUCCUUCUACCACUAUUACUACUACUAUUGUUACUA